AUGAAGAAUAAAGGCAAAGGAAAAGCCAACAAAGAAGAGAAUCUCAGCAUCAGGGAGCAAAUGCAGGCCCUUUAUCGCUUUUUCGGAUACAAAGACAACAUCAUUUGGGACUGCUAUCAGCGUGACCAGAAAAUCCACGUGAGAAACAAAGUGGCGCUUGUGUUUGGCGUGAGCAAAAAGACGGCAGAAGAAAGUGAAAAGGACGCCGAUGACGCCAUUGAAGAAGAAGAUACAUUGCUAGAAGAAAGUGACGCAAAAUCAAAGAAUGAGGUAAAGAAUCAAGUUCGAGAGGAGAAGAAACUCAACAAGCGAAUAGAUGAUAUUACGGAAGCUAUUUGGAGGCAAGCGAAAUACACUGAUGGCGUCCUGAUGAUGUCCAUUGUGUACUUGGCAAUCAUCACACCGUCGGAGGAGGUUCAAUUGCACGCGAUAGAAGAUCCAGAAGAGGAGAAGAACUACAUAAUGUAUCCACUCUUCAGAAUCAUGAAAUGCGUGAAGGACAAAAGCACGCGACAUUGCUGCAUGAUCUUCGUCGAUGAUCACGCAAGAGUUUACAGCAAUUGGCGAGAUUUCAAGCUCACCACAAUGCUUCCUGACAGCAUAAUUGUGGCGCCGACUGAAGGAAUCUACAAUUGUGACGAGGAGGGAAGUGUUCUGCUCGAAGUCUUCUCAUCGCCGGCGUCUUCCUUGGCCUUCAAGAUCCUUAGCGGCAUCGACAGAGCGGCGGACAUUGUUGGGAUCCUAGCUGCAGUCGCGGCACUUGUGGCCAUCGGACUGAUCGCUGGGGUGCCUCUGGCCGCUUCCAUUUCCGUGGUCAUCUUCACCGUGGCCAGUAUUGUGAGCGCCGUGGCAUCCGCCUGGACGGCCACGCGAUCAGCCACGAAGCUCGUCGACCGGAAGCGGCACGAGCGCCCCAACACGCUGGACGACAAGGAGGCGCGGUCAUGCUGGCUGGGCGCCGUGGGCGGCGCCACUGGCCUGGCGGCGGGAUUGACCGGCACUGGGAUGACGGAGAUGAUCAGGAACGGACAGCCGAUUCCCACAAUCAUGCGCAUCACCGUCGACACGGUCAUGAUCGCCAAUAUAAUCAUGCAGAAGCUGUCGCUCGUCAAUGACUACUUCGACGUAAUGUACAAAGUGCGGGAGAAGAACGUCUCAGCUCUGGACUUCAUCCGCUUGGCGGCUUCAAUAGCUGUGUUUGUUCACUCUGUGAACAACUUCAAGAUCGCCAAAAAGGCGAUCAAGAGCAAUCAGCAGUCGACAAUCAGUGCUUUUAGGGAAAUGCUGAGCACAGAUCAGCAGAAAAUAUUCGAUCACAUGGCCAAAGAGACGAUCAGGCGUCGAGGCGAAAGUGCCGGCAAUUGCGACAUCAUCCGAUCGCUGAGGAACAAUCCUCUCGCGAGGGAGAACAUCGAGUCUCGCGUGAAGCUGAACAGUUUAAUGCGUCAGCAAAACUGGAAGGACACUUCGGCGUACACGGCGAACGUCCUGAAGAACUUCAAGAACAGCCUUCACGACGACGAUCUCGAGGGCACGGUCGUCAGCAUCCAGGACAAAGUCAGCGAGCGAUCCUUCGAGCUGCUAAAGGAUCUCGUCGAAUCCUACGUGGAAAUCCACGGAAAUCGCAUUGAACACGAAUUGAAUCGCUUCAUUCCAAUCGAGGAGUUCAUGAGCAGCAUUUUCACUAUCCUCUACAUUGAGGCUCUGAAGCUCGAAAUGACUGUCGAUGAGUACAUCCUGGAGACGCAGCUCAUGGACAGGCUUUACCUCUUCCUGCAGAUCAGCAAGUUCUACAGUUUGUUCCGCAUGCAGUCGCCCAAUGAAUUGUGCAUGCAAUGCGGAGGAAAGUUUUAUGUUUUACAUGAAGAUAGGCCAAUAAUAAAUUGUAAAACUUGUAGAUAA